AUGGGUUACCACAAAUCAACAGUUUCUCGUGUGGUAACCCACGUGACAGAGAUUAUUUGCAAAAGCAUGAAACGAUUCAUUGUAUGGCCUUCCGGCGAAGAGAAGAAUAGAGUGAAGAGCGGAUUUUUCACAUCGGCAGGCUUCCCUCACGUAGUGGGGUGCGUUGACGGGACACACAUCCGUAUCCAGGCCCCUUCUGUUGAUGAGCCAGCUUAUGUCAACCGAAAAGGCUAUCAUAGUAUCAACAUGCAUGCAGUUUGCGAUCAUGAAGGAUUGUUUACAAGUGUCAACGCCAGUUGGCCGGGCUCGUGCCAUGAUGCACACGUGUUCAGGACAUCAGGGCUGUGCAAAAGGCUACAACGAGACAAUCUAUGUCUGGAAGAUGGGUUGUUGCUUGGAGAUAGUGGGUAUCCUUUACGGCCAUUCCUCAUGACGCCGUUUAUGAACGCUGACAGGCUCAAGCGGCGCUUCCACGUGCUGCACAGUGAGAUCAGACAAGGCCUGUCGCAUAGCUACAGCCUGUGCAAUUCUACAUAA